AUGACCGGGUCGCCGUCCUCUUCCUACCCCAACCAGGUCCCGCCGCCAGCCGCCGUGAUUUCGGCGGAAAACGAGGAGAAAAGCUCCAAUUUUGACAGAAACUUCGCCGGCUUCGUUCUCCGUCGUCCGGCCACCGAUUCCGGCAACGUAGGCAACUCGAUUUACGAAUUGGGUUUCGGCCGGAUUUCGGGAUGA